AUGAUCACACUUUGCGACCUCCCCGACGACAUCCUCCUAGAGAUCCUCACCCAAAAUAACCUCUCCGAACACGAUGUCAACGCCUUCGCCCAGACAAAUCACCAACUCCACACUCUUGCAAACCGGUGCCUCUACCGUCAAAACGCACUGCACAACCGAAGCAGCGCGCUGGUAUGGGCAUCCGAAACGGGGAGUCUAGAGACGGCCAUAUUCGCCCUCGACCACGGCAGCGCAGACAUCAACAUCAAAUCCCUCAAACACUACGGCGGCACACCGCUCAUGCUUGCCUCGGAAAAGGGCCAUCGCGCGAUCGUCGAAUUCCUGCUAUCCAAAGGCGCAAACACGAACGCAACUAACAUCUUCCAUGAAACCGCCCUCAGUGUAGCAGCGCAGACCGGCGCUCUCGACACCGUGAACAUCCUCCUAGAUCACCCCAAGGCUCUACCCGACCUGCCCGACACAUCCGGGCAAACAGCAUUCUGGUGCGCCUGCUGUAAUGGCCACCAGGCAGUCGUGGAGAGACUGCUCGCCAGACCGGACGUCGACAUCAACCGCCAGCGACAAGACGGCGCCACGCCGCUGAUUUCGGCGACCGGUGCGGGGCACACUGCCGUGGUACAAUUGCUGUCCGCGGAUGAGAGAAUUGAUCCAAACCGCUGCACGGAGGACGCAAAAACAGCUCUGAUGAUGGCUGCGCUGCAUGGCCGCGAGAUGAUCGUAAAGCUGCUCGUCGAUAUGCCGACAUGCAACGUCGACGCCGAAGACUCCGAGGGCAAACGAGCUCUCUCGUACGCCGUGAGAGGCGACUGCGUGGCGAUCAUGCAGCUAUUGGUUGAUAAAGGUACAGACGUGAACCACCAAGAUCAAUCAGGUCGGACGGCACUUUCCACCGCGGCGGAUCUUGGCAGUGAAAGCAUGACAGCCUUGUUGCUGCAGCAUGGUGCUGAUCCUACCUUGCCGGAUAGUAAAGGCUGGAUCCCUCUUCACUGGGCUGCGCAGGCCGGUCAUGAGGCCGUUGUCAAGCUCCUCCUCGAAGACGAUCGUACGAACCCAGGGCAUGCAAGCUUGAUUGGCACCACGCCGCUCCAUUGUGCGUCAUGGGAUGGUCACUAUGGUGUCAUAAAGCUCCUGUUAGCGAGAGACGAUAUUGAUGUCAACUGCAAAGACAACGCUGGGUGGACACCUCUAAUCUGGGCAGCGUUUAACAAAUCCGUGAGUCUUAUGCAACUAUUCUUGGACGAUCCCCGUACGGACGUCAAUGCACAAGAGCAUCAGGGCAGGACGGCGCUUUUCUUUGCGGCCAAGACGCGUCAGCAAGCUGUUGUGGAAGCUCUUCUUGGUCAUCCGAUGAUCGAUACUACGAUCGAGGGUCAGACCGGCAAGAAUGCUGUAAUGUAUGCGAAUGAACUUGGUCAUCUGGAUAUGGCUGCCUUGAUUGAGGCGUUUGCAAAGAAAGGGCAGUACAAUUAG